AAUUCUACCCCAAUCUCUCGAUUACGCCUGGGAACCAGAGAGAGCCGAGUUGCUCGGAAAACCUCUCCGAUCGCCAUUGCUACUGAGCUCUGAUCCGAUCAGUUCCGAAGAUGAACGAUGCAGACGUCUCCAGGCAGAUCCAGCAGAUGGUUCGAUUCAUCCGCCAGGAAGCCGAGGAGAAGGCUAAUGAGAUAUCCGUUUCCGCCGAAGAGGAAUUCAAUAUUGAAAAGUUGCAACUGGUAGAAGCGGAGAAGAAGAAGAUCAGGCAAGAGUAUGAGCGUAAACAGAAGCAAGUCGACGUUCGCAGAAAAAUCGAGUACUCGAUGCAACUCAAUGCUUCUCGUAUCAAAGUUCUUCAAGCUCAGGAUGAUGUGGUCAACUCCAUGAAAGAGGAAGCGGCAAAAGAGCUCUUAACUGUGAGCCAUGACCACUAUUCAUAUGGGAAUCUUCUGAAAGAUCUCAUUGUUCAGAGUUUGCUCAGACUAAAGGAGCCUGCAGUCUUAUUACGUUGCCGGAAAGAGGAUGUACAAUCAGUGGAGCAUGUUUUGCGCUCCGCAAAGGAGGAAUAUGCCUCAAGAGCCCAUGUUCAUCCACCUGAGAUAAUAGUUGACCAUGUUCACCUCCCACCUGCUCCUUCCCAUCAGCACCAUCUUGAUUCUCAUGGUCCUUUCUGUGCUGGAGGUGUUGUUCUGGCUUCUCGAGAUGGGAAAAUUGUAUUUGAGAACACCCUUGAUGCAAGAUUGGAUGUUGUGUUCCGUAAGAAACUUCCAGAGAUCCGCAAGCAGCUAUUAUGUCAAGUUACUGCCUGACAGUCAGCUAUUAGUCGUGUUGAUGUAUUUUGUCUUUCUUAUCAUAAGCUUGCUUCUCAAAGGUCUACAUAUUGGCCAUAGGAUGUUGGAACUGUAGUUUGAUUGCAUGACAUUUGUUUUAUGUUCUCAUAUAUCUAUGCUCUUCUUAGUCUCCUACCA